CUUUUCGGACCGGGUUCCUUUUUUACGACUUGAAUCAGAAUGUAUAUUCAAGUAGAAGCGGGAUGCUGAUGCCUGUUGCUGAUAGCGAUAGUGACGGGUCGAGAAUGGGGACGCUGAUGGUUUUUAGGCAGCCAUGGACCACUCUCACUGAAGAUCCCUACUUUGGAUUGUUGUCUACUUUCUCCUCCUAUUCUAUUUUCUCUCGUCUUGUGGUUCUACAAUGGUGUCGUGUUGUCGCUAGCUUUUAGCUCCAAUUAGCUUUGUUUCUUUUAUCAAUCUUUUACUUGCUUUGAGCUGUUUGGCUCACUAUCCUCUCCUGUCAUUGGCCGGAGACCUUGACAAAAGCAGAAUUAUUUCCUUUCUCUUUGUCUGAUAUCUUCUUCUUCUUUUGUCUCUUGAUUUGCUCAAAAAUUUAAUGCCCAAGUCACUGAACUUCCUUCUUGCAAUUCUUGUGAGAUCUUCUUUGAGUAGGUGUCACAGUACCUUCCUUCCAUGACUGCAAUAUUGUUUCUAAAGAAUGUCUCUCUCCCACAAAUUUAUGUUAGACUUCUUGCAUUAAAAGUUGGGUGAAGAAUGCAAAAGUUUAGUUAUUUGACUAUCCGAGCAGGAUUGCAGGUCUCUUUUGGGCUGACGAUGAUGCACAGGGAUGAUGUGCGAAUGUGUUUGAAGAGAUUUCUAAUGUGCUUUACGGGAUAGUGGCCAAACUCCCGGCUUACAGGAUGUGUGACUUACAGUCCCUCAGUUGUUCACGAAAUCAAAGCCAUUCUCUCUCUGAAUGCUCUCAUUCUGGCACAGUUGAUUGGAUUUCAGAAACUUCAUUGGAUAAGCUUCAUCUUCAGAGAGAUGACGGUUCCUUAUUAAAUGUGAGAGAUUCUGAUUACGAAACCGGAAGUCCUGGAUUAUCUACCGGAAGAAACAGUCCCUGCCCUUACAGAUUCCAACUUGAGCUGGAUGUACAGAAACUUCAAGAGCAGCUACGAGAAGAGAUAGAACUGCAUGCAGUUUUGGAACAAGCAAUCGAGAGAAGUGCUGUAAAAUUAUCAAAACCUUCAUGUCUUCCUCGUCAGGCGCAGGAACUCCUUUCGAAUAUUACCAUGUUGGAACUCGCAGUUUCCAAACUCGAACAUGAGAUAGUCUCUUUACAUUUCCAAUUAAGCCAAGAAAGAAAUGAACGGAGGCUGGCUGAAUACCGCCUGAGGCACUCUUCCUUGGAGGAGAAGUCUCUUUGUUCCUCGGGCAUUUUGCAAGAGCUGGACGAGGAUGGCUCCUCUGCACCUCUCUGCGAUAACGUAUGUGCAGGGUCCGAUGCAAAAUGUGGUCAAACUCAAGAUAGCAGGAAGCUAUCCAGGGAGUUGCCACCUAAGGGCCUCUGGGAUUAUCCCAACCUACUGUCGGAAGAGAUGGUCAGAUGUAUGAAGAAUAUAUUUAUCUCACUGGCAGAUUCUGUGUCUCCAUGCCAGUUCUCUACAUCAGAGGGCCACCUCUCACCUUUGUCUCCAUAUGGGCAUCUUUCCAACUCAUCGUGGUGGUCAUCAUCUGAACGCUCAGUCAUUUCAUCCUGGGUGCAAAGCCCCCAAGUUGAUGUACAGAGUAACUUGGAUGUGCUGGCCUCAGAUAAUGCUUGUGAUCCAUACCGAGUACGUGGGAAGCUAAGCUGGGGAGAUGUAGGAAAUUAUGGGCUGGCAUCUGAAGUUUCUUGGAUGUCUGUUGGGAAAAGGCAAUUGGAAUAUGCUUCUGGAGCUUUGAGGAAGUUUAGGACACUUGUUGAGCAGCUUGCCAAGGUCAACCCAAUCCACCUGAGCAGCAACGACAAACUUGCCUUCUGGAUCAACUUAUACAAUGCAAUGAUCAUGCAUGCUUACUUGGCUUAUGGGGUUCCAAAAAGUGAUAUGAAGCUGUUCUCACUGAUGCAAAAGGCAGCAUAUACUGUGGGAGGCCAUUCUUUCAGCGCAGCAGUUAUCGAGUAUGGCAUUUUGAAGAUGAAACCCCCUCUCCAUAGGCCGCAGAUUGCUUUGCUCCUCGCUCUUCACAAACUAAAGGUAUCUGAAGAGCAACGAAAGUUUGCUGUCGAUGUGUCUGAACCGCUUGUAGCAUUUGCUCUCAGCUGCGGAAUGUACUCAUCUCCUGCGGUUCGGAUCUACACAGCCAAGAAUGUGAGGGAUGAGCUACAGGAAGCACAACGAGAUUUCAUCAGAGCUUCAGUUGGGGUUAGCAGCAAAGGGAGGUUAUUGGUGCCAAAGAUGCUACAUUGCUUUGCUAAGGGAUUCGUGGACGAUGCUAGCUUAGCUGUAUGGAUAUCGCACUACCUCCCUUCCCAUCAGGCGGCCUUUGUGGAGCGGUGCAUGUCACAAAGGCGUCAAAGCCUUCUUGGUUCUCGCAAUUGUGGAAUUCUUCCCUUCGACUCCCGCUUCCGCUACCUAUUCCUGCCAGAGAAAAUCCAUUUUGACAAUGCUUGUUCAUAGUUACUUCGGCCUAGCCUUGGCAAGAUUGGUAAGGUCAUGUCAACAAUGCGUUCGGGCAGGCUGUGCGUCAUCUCGUCUUGCCAUUUAGUAUAUCACAAGAUGGGUGCAGCCCGUGCAGUUCUGGUCUUUGCUCUUGAAGCCCAGCCAUACUCUUUUGAUGAUGUACAUUCUGUUAGAGGAACUCUGACCGACAAUUGUUAAGUAAGAUGUUAAAACCAUUUUUUCCGCCGAUACUGGGAAACAUACCGAAAAUGUUCAUAUUGGAACGGAAGUGAAGCCAAUAAAUGAGUAGUGAGGGUGAGACGAUGA